CAGAGUCAGCUGUUCAUUGGUGAACACUAAAGGCAUUCACGGAGGAAAUACACACACUGCUGAUGAACUCCUGACAAGAACGCUGCGAUUUUGACACUUUUUCCUGCCUCAUUCAUCCAACUGCAGGCGGCGUCUCAUGCUGACAACAGCAAUCCUCCCUCCAAGAUGGCCGUUACGUCACUGAACGUUACUGAGGAGCCGGUUGCUGAGGCGGACAUAUGCAUAUUUGAGAUUAAUAGCAGCCAUGACGUCAUCCCGUCUAUUGUUUGCUCCAUCUGCCUUUCUUUUGGACUCAUCUACUGUUUUUUUGGAUACCGCUGUUUCAGGAUUGUCACGUUUUUUUCUGGCUUCAUGUUUGGAUCAGCGUCUAUCCUGCUGUUCUACCAAAGUGAGCUUGUACCGGAGACCAAAGCCGGCAUUGGCCUGGGCGUGGGGGUGCUCAGCGGCCUGGUGACCCUGCUGGUGUCCACUUUGGGGAUCCUCUUGUGUGGCCUCCAACUGGGCUGCCUGCUCUCGUCAGCCACCCUCGUAGUCGUAGGACAGUUUUACAGCCUCGCACCAACGUGGGUGCCCUUGAGCGCCAUCAUGGCCGCCAGCAUCGCCACGGCUGUGUUGACGCUGCUGUGGCAGAAACUGUUUGUCAUCAUGUACACGUCGGUGUUUGGCGCCAUGACGGUGAUGCUGUGUGUGGAUUACUUGGUGGGAGCCUUCACGCUGCCUGAUCAGGUGUAUGAUAUAUUUUGUCAAGAAACCCCGCUUUCGUUAUGUUGGUUCAAUUGGGCCAUCAGUGGAAUCGGCCCUGCUUUGAGUCUUACAGGCGUAUUUGCACAGUGGAAGAUUACAGCCAAAGGAGCGUCACAUUCAGAGGCUUCACACAAAAAAAUGAAGAAACGUGCAAAAAAUCAUAAAUUCCCAGAGUCAAGAAGGCCACCACAUUAUCGUCGGCGUCGGCCUCCACUUCUAAAACGCUACACCGGAGACGUCCUUCCGCCUAGUUACCUCCGCAGCCUGCAGGAACGCCAGAUGGGAACAGGCUCCUCCACCAGCACGCACACUCUCAUUGACUUUGACUUUGAGACCGGCUCCAUGGUGCCUCUGACCGUGGCCCCUUCCGUUAUAGUGUGAUGGAGCAGAGGAACGGAGGGGGGGGUCAUCCAGAUCAGUUCUUUGGCUUCAUGCAUGAAAAAGACGCUUGAAUUGCAUCUCUCUCAUGACGUUACGACAUAGUGGUGGAUACCUAUACUGAUACUAUACUCGUACAUUCAUUCAUUCAUUUUCUACCGCUUUUUCCUCACGAGGGUCGCUGUCAUCGGGCGAGAGGCGAGGUACACCCUGGACUGGUGGCCAGCCAAUCACAGGACAAACAACCAUUCACACUCACAUUCAUACCUAUGGACAAUUUGGAGUCGCCAAUUAACCUAGCAUGUUUUUGGAAUGUGGGAGGAAACCGGAGUACCCGGAGAAAACCCACGCAUGCACGGGGAGAACAUGCAAACUCCACACAGAGAUGGCCGAGGGUGGAAUUGAACCCUGGUCUCCCAGCUGUGACCGCCGUGCCGCCCUAUACUCGUACAUUAUAAGAUAUAUUCCAAACAAAGUCACUUUAAUAUAUGCAAUAUUUAUCUUGAAACAUAUUACUUUC